UGUGGUUCUGGUAAUGACCCUGAUGUGGACUAAGAGUCUGGUGAUGAUCAUCAUCAUGAUCCUGCUGCUCGACUCAAACAGUGCAGGGGUCAGGACGCUGCUGCCUCCUCCCGCCUCAGUCUCUGUGGAGUCUGUUGACAUGAGACACAUCCUGAGGUGGCGCCCCCUUCAGGUUUCGUGCAACACUUCUUCAGCUCUGUACUCUGUGCAGUUCCAGGGGGAGUUUGAGUUGACGGUUCUGAACGACAGUUGGGUCGACGCCGCCGAGUGUCAGCUGAUCCCUCGGAGUCACUGCGACCUGACCCUUGACCUGGGCUCUGACUCCGACUACAGCGUCCGCGUCAGAGCGAAGUGUGGGUCACAGUUGUCCACAUGGGCGGUGCUCUCUCCACCGUUCAACCGCAAAAACAGUGUCCUGACAGUGCCGGACAUGAAGGUGUCUGCCGUGGGCGACACCCUUCAGGUGUCUUUUGACAAAGUCCCUCCCUCUGCCGUCAUCAGGGUGACGGUGUGGAGGUCAGGCAACGAGCUGAAGGCUGACGUUUACUCAAUAGCAGCUGAGCAGGCGGGACUGAACAUCGCUGACCUGCAGGAGGGAGUGAAGUACUGCGUGCGAGCGCGGCUCAUCCUGGAGAAUCAGCUCCAGAGCAACAGCACCGACACUCACUGUGACGUCAUCCCAGGUUCAGGUCCUGCGUGGAGAACAGUGACCACAGUGACGGUGACCAUAGUCCUCAUGUCCGUCCUCUUGUCCGCCAUCUUCUCCGUCGUCGUCCACUGUGACUUCUGUCAAACUUAUUUCCAGAAAGAUCCACAUCCGCUGUCGCUGCCAUCAGUUUGGGAUCUUCAAACUGCGACUGUGUGUCACGAGCCUGAAGUUUGUGAUCUGAUCGACGCGAUGAUCAACUCAGAGCAGCAGACAUUAAAGAGUGAUGAAGAUGAAGAAGAUGAAGAUGUGUUUGUGUCACAUGUGGACAAACAAGGUGUCAAACUUCCUUCCUCUGUGGACGUGGUGGACAGUUAUUGUUCUCAGUUGCGUGAGUCCACUGCUGCCAAACAAAGUAUUUUAUAUUUUUAUGUUUAAUAUCGUCUCUCACUGUUUUAAUUAAUUUAAUUAAUUAUUUGUUCUGUAACUGAUGUUUGUUUUCUUCCUCGCUUGAGCUGCACAUCAUCACAAUUAUUAAUUAUUAAUUCUUUUUAUUAAUUCUGUUUCUGACGUAUUCAA